AUGACAGAACCCCUUGCCUCAGACGGGAACACCUACAAUGAUGACGAGGACGAUCAUGGGGCCAAGCUGCCUGAGACAGAGCUAGGCUCGCCGGCCAAAGAUGUUCCUGCAGCAGCAGACGCGACUACACCAGCAGAGACCAUGAUUACCCAAGCAUAUUUGCAGAAGGCAGUCUUCUUCCUCGUGUUGCUGGGUGUGGCUUUCUUCCUGAUACGACGACGAAGGUUGGGUUCCAACUACGAUAAACUGGACGAGAAAAGUGUAGUUUAA